AUGGCAUCUAAGAUUUCUUCAUUCGAUCCGACCUUGUCUGGGAUAUCAGCCGGUCUCGAUUCCUCCAAUGAAUUUGAUCAAACAGCUGUUUUCGCAGAUUCACUAGGCCUCGACGACGAUCCUUUGUUUCCCACAAACUGGGACGAGAAUACCCCGCCUUACGACGGUGGUCUAUAUUCGACCCCGUUGAAUUGGGAUCCCCCUCCAAUGCCGAAACAAGAAGACCUUCAGGACAUAGGUCCAACAUACAAUAGUAUGAACUCCAACGGUGGACUUACUGCUGCUCAACAGGAGAAGUUGCGCGAUAUUGCAAUGCCACCGCACCUACAAUACCAGAGUCAACACAGUCCCAUCUCCACCACUUCCAAGAGCAAUUCCAUUUCGUCGCCCGAAUCGCAAGAUAUGAGCCGCAAACGCAAAUCAUCCGCAGAGGCCGACGAGGACGACGAGGAUGAGUCUGGAGGUCAACACCCACCGGUCAAGAAGACGGCUCACAAUAUGAUCGAAAAGAGGUAUCGCAAUAAUUUGAACGACAAGAUCGCAGCUCUUCGGGACAGUGUACCGAGUCUCCGGAUAAUGCAGAAGAGCGCUCGUGUGAGUCUUUUCUUGGUCCUAUCACGCGUCCUCUCCAAGGCUACUGAAUAUAUUCGACAUUUAGAGAAGCGCAAUUCACGUUUGCAAGAUGAGAAUAAUCAAAUGAAGACACGCAUCAACGCCUUCGAAAAGCUCUUUGUAUCUGGAUCCAUGGGUUUCGGUCCCAUGCAGCAACCAAUGAAUCCAUAUCAAUACGCUCAAGAUUUCAACACCCCAGGCCCUUCACCUUCCUCCGAUCAAGGUAUGAUACCUGUACCAGAUGACAUGCGAAGAUUACAUGGUCAAAUGAAUCAAGAGGCUUUUGCCGUUCCCACACAAUACAUCAACCGUCAACCAAUCGGUCCUAAUGCAUGGAAUGGGGGAUACUUUGGCAAGCUCAUGGUCGGAUCUCUUGCGGGUCUCAUGCUUAUGCAAGGCUUCUCAGAGGCAGAACAAGACACUGAUACACCUGGCGCUCGUGGUCUCAUGGCUCUUCCCAGUCAAUUUCUUAGAGCCUUGAGCCGUGGUUUUCAUUCAAUGUUGGAGGUCAACUUUCAAGGAUAUCACCUUCCAGCAAGCCAAACUAUCCACUACCUUCAAUACUCGCUUGCACUCGGUCUUCUCCUCUACAUCUUCCUCCCUUCUUUAUUCAGCCCUAAGCCAAAAGGAAAAAGUUCCAAGUCCGCUAAUUUAGUCGCCGCACCAUCACUCGCCUCUUCUAUCCAAGUUAGGAGACAAGCUUGGCUUACAGCGGUUCAAACUGUUUGGGUACCAAGACACAAUUUCUUCCUCGAGGCCGCUGCUCUAUGUAUGAAGGUUGGAAAGUGCGCGUGCCGCAACCUCGUGGGACCCUCGCUCUAUUCCUUCUUGACUGGUACCACCGAAGAGCAAGAAGUUGCUCGGAUCAAAGCCUGGUCUAUUGCUCUUGAUGCCCAACUAACUGGUGGUGAUGUUGAAGUCAGCAAAAGUCGUUUGACAUUGACACUAUUGGCAUCUGGUACACUACCUGAUACCCCAGCACGCUUAAUGCUCAAAGCAUUGCACAUUCGUGUUUUAUUGUGGGAGUUGAAUAAGAUUGGAUUCUUCGGUUUCAACUUCAUUAGAAACUGUGCACAGGAAUUGGCUAGAUGGAAAUGGAACGAGGCAAAGCAAAUGCAGCAACUGCUGUCACAAUCCAAAGAGCAACAUGACGAACUUCCUGAAUAUCUUGCUACUCUUCUUGAGCAAAAAUGCGAUGAUGUCUUGGUAGAUACAGUUGUACAACGUGCUUACAACCUCGCAUGGAAUCUGCCAACUACCAACAACACAAAGGUUAACUGUGGUAUGGAUCGUGUUGUGGACGAUUUUGCCAUCCGCAGCCCUCUCGAUGCAGUCGCAGCUUGGUGGUCAAGUAUGACUCUCCACAAAGCUUUAGCAAAGAGUCUUGAGGUAGAGGAUGACGAUACUGAAAGCUACAAGACCAUUGCCGAAGAUAUUAAGAUUGCCAUUCAAACAGCACCUCCUGGAUCUGGGGCUCAAAUCCGUGCUCUUGUGGCACGUGCUGUUCUCGUCAGAGAGAAGCGUGGACAAAGCAUUGCUAUGGCUCUCAAGGCAGUUGGUGCCGGGCAACAAAGGAUGCCGGUGGAAUCAAAUGUCAAUAUCAAAACCUCUGUCGCCAACCUACCAGACAUUCGGACCUCAAUCCAUUGCGCCAUGGCCCUUGCUUAUUUGGAACGCUUCCCUAUGCCAGGUAAUCCUGAGAAUGCCCCAAAGAUCAUUGACUCGAUCGUCCCAGUCAAUCUCACUUUACUUGGCUUCACUGCAAUGUUCAAGCUUGUUGAAAAGAUGCAUGAACACACUCUCAUCGCCUCAGCCUGUGCCGUGUCGUUGGAGAAGUUUGCUGGCAAUCUCCGAAUUUGGAUUGGUGGCGUAGACGGUGAGAAGAGUGGUCUGGAGACUGAAUUGAAGAGAGAAAUGGUGGAAAAAUGCUUAACGAUUACUGCACAAGUUGUUGGUAUGGAAAAUGAUGCUGGGUAUGGAAGCAUGAGUGAGGAUGGUGAUAGUGAGGGAUGCUGA